GCAGGUGCGGGGAAGAUGGCUGCCCCCAUCGUGAUCGCAGAGUGAGGAGUCAGUGGCGGACGCGCCCCUCUUGCCCCCUCCAAGAUGCGUUGCCAGGGCACGGCUGCUGGUCUUCCAGCUCUGCCCGGCUGAGGCGCCCGGACCCCAGAGAUCCCCAUCCCAUGCAUGCCCCACCCCUUAUGAAUUGCCCCCUGCCUUGUGGAUCCGAGCAUGCACAGAGCGUCCCCCUCUCCUAAGAACCCCGCCCGUCACCUUGCACGCUUGCGAACAGGUGCCGCGCCUCUGAAGGUGCAUUUGUGCACGCGGGUUUCCCGGGUGGUCGUGAGAAUGGCUGCGGCUGGCAGGGAGCUGCCUCUGUGGGCGCCAAUGGGCUCCUUUGCUUAGCCGGGACGUUUUUCUUUUAAAUCGAGAGGAAGGGAAGGAGGCAGGGCGGCCCAGGAAAGUAUUAAGCCCCCCCUCCCAUGAGUUGAAGCAAGAAUCGGGGCCAUGGGGAACGUGCUGUACCCCGUGCCUGUCUUGCGAAGGGGGCCCCGUCGGGAGGAGCCGCUGGCUAACCCGGGCAGUUUUGAUGAGCUGCACAGGAAAUGCAAAGAAGUCUUCCCCCAGCAGAUGGAAGGAGUCAAGCUGAUUAUUAAUAAAGCCCUCAGUAGCCAUUUUCAGGUGUCCCACACAAUCCAUAUGAGCACAAUUGGACAGUCCAAUUACCACCUGAAUGCCACGUAUGUUGGGGAUCAGCAAAGCAGCCCCACAGAGGCUUUUCCGACCCUCAUCGGUGAUAUUAAUACUGCUGGAAGUCUCAAUGCUCAGGUACUCUUCCUACUGGCAGAGCGGAUCCGGACGAAGGCGGUCUUCCAGACUCAGCAGUCCAGGUUUGUGACUUGGCAGUUUGAUGCUGAAUUCCGGGGCGAUGACUACACAGCCACCUUGACAUUGGGCAACCCGGACUUGAUCAGCGAGUCAGUCAUUGUUGUUGCACACUUCCUGCAGAGCGUGACUUCGCGGUUGGUUCUAGGGGGUGAAAUGGUGUACCACCGGCGGCCGGGUGAAGAGGGCGCUAUUGUCACACUGGCUGGGAAGUAUACAGCUCUCAAAUGGGUAGCCACGCUUAACCUUGGUUACGGUGGGGCUCAUGCCAGCUACUACCACCGAGCCAAUGACCAGAUUCAAGUUGGGGUAGAAUUUGAAGCCAAUACGCGGCUGCAAGACACGAGCUUUGCUUUUGGAUAUCAGCUGACUCUUCCUCAAGCUAACAUGCUUUUCAGAGGCUUCUUGGAUAGUAACUGGUGUGUGGGGGCCGUUCUGGAGAAGAAACUGCCGCCUCUGCCCGUCACCCUGGCCUUGGGAGCCUUCCUCAACCACUGGAAGAAUCGGUUCCACUGCGGCUUCAGCAUCAUCGUGGGCUGAGCGCCCUGGGACUCAUCUCAGCUGCGAGAGACGCAGUUCGGUUUAAUUUUGCAAAACUGUUUGCGAGGGGCCCGGCUGUGUGUGAGGACAGCGGGCUGGUUCACC